CCCUAAAAGUAUCUACUUUGUAUUUCCUUCUGAAUUCAGUUCUCGCAUCCUCUAUUUCUUUUUGCCCUAAUCUUUCCGGUCAAAUCCCGGCGAAAAAAGUCAGUUUUCCAGUGACCCACCCUUCUUGAUUCAAAUCCAAUGGAGACCCCAUCAUCAGUCGGAAGAGUCACAAGGUCACAGGCCUCGGCUGCUUUAAACAGCGACAACAACAACAGCAGCAUUCCCCUCUCAAGGAAGACUGAAGAUUCUGGAAAGGUUCUCUCAAAAUCGAGGCAAAGAAAUGCGAAACAACAGCAAGAUCGGUCUGUGCUGAUCGAUAUAACGAAUGAUUCUCCGAUAGUUGGGCUUGCGAUGGGGAGUUUGGAGACCCCAUCAUCGGCCAUAGCCAAGCAAAGGAGCAGUCGAGCCAAGAAUAAGACUCCUGGGUCCGGAGAGGCCUUGCUAAGGGGUCAAGUCAAGACCCUCCUGCAGAGAGUGGAAGAGGAGGCCGAGCUUUCGAAGCUCUCACUAGAAAGCCGUACUGUUCUUCAUCUCCAAGGGUUUGUCAACUCACCGACAGGACUUCUUGCCCCAACCCCGGCGAACACACCCCAGCUCUCGAAUCUUUCCGGCAACAUCAAUGGUGGUUUGGCUUCGGUGGUGCCUUCUCCAGUUGUUGAAGAACAAUUGAUUUCUCAGGUGGUCAGUAACAUCUUCGAUGGAAAGAAGCUGGAUUUUUCUGAGAAAUCCGAAAGCUCUGAAUCAUCAGUCUCCUCUGUGCUGACUUACCAAGUACGAGAAGGAGGGAGUUAUUCCAAAGAGAAGUCGUCUGCUGAAGAUGAUGAUGCUUCUGUUUGGUCUAUCCAGGUUAAUGCAAGCACCCGUGACGAAGACGAGGAAGAAGUAAUUGAAGGAGGAGGAGAAGAAGAAGACUACUAUGAUGAAGGCGGCGAUGAAAUUGAAGAAGAGGAGGAUGAUGGAGGAUUGGUUGAUGAACUGUGUGAGGGCAUUGGCAAGAUUUUUGUGGAUGAGAAGAGAGAGGCUCCCAAGUUUGCUGGAAAGCACACAAGGUUUGUUUACGACAGUGAUGAUGAGCUUGUUGGAGCAGAAGAGGAGGGCGCAGAGAGUGAGGGUUCUGGCGGCAUUUCGCCGAGUGUCUUGCGCUUGAAGGGCUUGCCCACACCAAAAGGGAAGCAUCUGCGUUUUCCUGUGCAGGAAGAAGAGAACUGAAGUUCUUCUAAUUGAUGAUGUUUGGUUGUCUCUCUUGACACCACCAUCUUUGGGAAAUUUUUCUAGCUUUUGUUCUUUUCUUUUCGUUUUGGGAUUUGGGUGGGUAAAAAGUUCACUACGAAAGUGACUGACAGAGAAGCUUUUCCUGGCCACUUUAUGGUCGAAUGUUCAAAUAAUUGAAUGAAUGACAAGAAACUUUACUGCUUCCUAUA